AAAUAAGUAAGAGAUGGUGCAUUUGCUUACUAGCGUUUUGGUUUCGGAGGGAAAUUUCCAAAACUCCAAAAUAUCUGAAUUUCCUCCGAUCCAUCCCACCACCGCCACCGCCACCGCCACCACCACCGCCAGAUAUUAACUAUUUUUCACUUAAGUAGAUAACAUAAUGAGUACCACAGUGCAAAGAACUCCAAGAAGUGGUAGACAGUCAUUAUUUUUCCAGGAUUUAGCUUCACCCAUUUCUACACGGAGGGGAAAGUUUUCUAGUCCUGGCCAGGCGGCUUCAGCGUCUGCUCUAUGGCGUGAAAACUAUGGUAGUUCGGACCUUCCUCCGCCUCCUGUUUUCACCUUGGAGGACAGAUCAGACCUUUCUCCCGAGUCGGGCAUAUUGGAUUAUCAGUUAUCCCCUGAGCCCAAGUCAGACCCUAGGACUCCAACGCAAACUUCAAAUAGGGAAUUUUCAACUCCGGGGAAAGGUAAAUCUGAGGCCAGCACAUCUUAUGCUUUAAGGGGGUUGCAGCAGAAUCAACAGAGCUCACCAGGUUUGAACUGGUGGUCACCUGCAACUGCAAAGAGUGGUGGUGAACAAGAUGAGAAGGGAAGGAGUUCACCUGUUGAGGGUGUAGUUCAGCAUGGCGCUUUGAUAACUCUUCCUCCACCACUGGAAGUUGCUAGGCCAGAGGUCCAGAGAAAUUCCUUGCCAGCUGGGAAUCUCAAUGAGGAAGAAUGGGUAACUGUAUAUGGAUUUUCUCCAUGUGAAACUAAUUUGGUUUUAAGGGAGUUUGAAAAAUGUGGCCAAGUUUUGAAACAUGUUGCUGGUCCUAGAGAUGCUAACUGGAUGCAUAUUUUAUAUCAGAAUCGAUCUGAUGCUCAAAAAGCUCUUAACAAGAAUGGAAUGCUAAUUAACGGAGUCCUAAUUGUUGGUGUGAAACCCUUGGACCCCAUGCAACGUCAAGCUUUGAAUGAAAGGCUUAACAAUCAGGGAUUUAUGCCCUUACCUCUACCUUCUGGUAGAAAUGCAGAAGCGAGCACAUCAAAAGCUCCUUCUAGACCAUAUUAUCUGCAGAAUGGCAACUCAACUGCAAGGCAGAAUGGAGGUACUAUUGCUUCCCCAACAAAAUCAUUGGUGUCCAAGAUCAUGGACUUGAUGUUUGGAGUCUAGAGUACCUGUUCUGGUGAAUCAAACUAUAUCAUUUUAUUGUGUUGUAAGCAAUGAUUUUACUCUUUCAGCUAUUCAUAUACCCUGAAGAGGUUCGGCUCGUCUUGUUUAUUGAAUUUGAGUUGGAAUGCUUACUAUUUGGAUCUCAGUUGUCACAAUUUAUGGCAUCUUAACAUUUGCAAACUUAUGGAUGAUUUUUGUGUA